CCGCUUAACAUCCCCGGGCCAGCUCCAGCGGCGGGGCCAGCAGCGCGAACCCACAGCGGUGCCGGGGCUGGACUGCGAGCCGGGACAGCAGCGGGGCCACCAGCGUGUCCCCAGCGCGGUGCCAGGGCUGAGCUCCGAGCCGGGACAGCAGCGUGUCCCCAGCGUGUCCCCAACGCGGUUCCCGUCCCCACGAUGCUGCGGCUGCUGCUGCUCGGAGGGAUCCUGGGCUGCGGGGCUGAGCAGGCAGCUCCGCUCGCCUUCACCAUGCUCCAGCUGACCCGCGUCUACAAGGGCAAUUCCAUGUUCCGGGGGAACGCCAGCCUGAAUGGGCAGCUCAGCCAUGUCCUGGAAGGGAAUAAUGUCACCCAGGUGAUCCCGCUGGAGUCCCCGGACGCCUGGGCCCGGCGGCAGGAGGAGGUGAUCACCUACCUGGGGAACUUCAGGCAGCUGGUGAUGCUCUUCAACAAGGAGAGACCCACCGAUUUCACCCAUCACCUGUGCUGCCACCUCGGCUGCCGCCUCUACCCCAACGGCACAGCCCAGAGCUUUUACGAGGUGACCCUCAACAGGACGGCGUUCCUGAGCUUCCAUGUCCCCAGCGCCACCUGGGAGCGGCUCUGGCCCGGAGAGCUCCCGGUGGCCGCCUUCGCCCAGCAGCAGCUGAUGAAAUACCCCAUAACCACCCAGGACCUGCAGUAUUUCCUCAACACCACCUGUGUCAGCCUCCUGCAGGCUCAGAGCGCCAGGACAGGAAGAGUCAGCGGCCGAUCGCGCACUCCGCUGGUGCUGGGGCUGGUCCUGGGCAGCCUCGGCCUGCUGGGCAUGGCCCUGGCCAUCUUCCUGUGCACGGGAGGGAGCUGCUAGCGUGGGCAGCUGUCCCAUGUCACCCCAUGGACACAGGGGAUGGACCUGUCAUCUCCCCGUGCAGCCACCACCACCUUGUGGGGGCAGGGGACAGACCCAUCAUCACCCUGGGGAGUCAGGGAUGGAUCCAUCAUCUUCCCAAGGAUCCAGCAACUCUCCAUGGAUCCAUCAUCUCCCUGCAGAGUCAGGGAUGGAUCCAUCAUCUUCCCAAGGAUCCAGCAACUCUCCAUGGAUCCAUCAUCU